GACAUUAAUGUACAUUACCCAACGCUAGAAAGCGAAGCUGUUGAUGCCAGUCAGUGCAUAAAAGUAACAGUUCUGGAUUGUGAUACCAUCGGGCAAGUCAAAGAAAAAAUCCUUCAAACAUUCCUAUCAAAAAAUGGAUAUGCUUUUAGCUUCUCUCCUUGUGACAUUUGCUUAGAGCUUCAUUAUGGUCAGACAUAUAAGGAGCUAUUAGAUAUAGAUGAAUCUUCUGUUGUGAUGGAGAAUGAUUUUAAGAAACUGAACACUGUGAAUCAUUACAAGAUAGAGAAUGGUGCAACAGUCAAAAUAAUUAUCAGAAAGAAUUGUGACCCAGCUAAACAGUAUACCAGUGAUUAUGUGCAUUUGGAAUUGCCAGAAACUGAAGAAAGUGAUGAUCUACAAAACUUGGAAAAUAAAGGCAAACAAAAGUUUAAAGUAAAGGAAAUGUAU